CGGGCGGGGGGUUGGGCAAGCAUGAGGUGGAGCUAGGGGCUGAACUGGAGUUUACAGCUGGGCCGAGGGUUCCACCAAGCUGAGGUUCAACAUUGAACUCUGCGAGGUUGAGUCCUGUGGAAGAACUGGGCUGACAGCAAUGUGGGUCAGGACGACAGUAACGAUUAGAAGAUGGAGUGAGGAAAAGUCUGGCUGCAACCAUGAGAGAUACACGAGAACUGAUAUAACCAGGUUGCCCAGCUGGAAGAGAGGAUAUCCGGCUUGUGUGGAAUCCAGCAGUGAUAUGUCUUCCUUUUCUGAAGGUGAGAUCAAGGAGACAGAGAGAUGUUGCUGGAAACACCAGCAGUGUCCUGUGCAUGUCAUCCACUCCUUCUCGGACUGUGGCCAUCACAACAGAUGUAUGCAUGCUGUCAGCCACUGCAACUGUGAAUCUAGGUGCCAAAGCUACAGGCCCAUCUCCGUGGCAAUAUUUCACCAUCCCACCCACCAUAUGUAUAUGACAGAUGACCUAAAUGAUUUAGAAGCGAACCAGCUCGCCAUCACAAAUAACUUAUGUUCCACUGACAGACCUACUGACCCAAACUCAAUUGAGUCAACAACUGGGGCUCCUGACUUAUCAGCGCCCAUCACCAUCUGGCGUUCUGAAAGCCCCAUGAAGUGUCAUGAAGGCAAGGUCAUCAAGAAUAUAAAGAAGAAAAAGAAAGAGAAAGACAAGGAGGAGAUGAUGGUGGAUGAAAAGCCAAAGUUGAAGAAAAAAGCCAAGGGCAAGUUAAUUAAGAAGAAAACCCCAGUGAAGUCAGAGUCUUCCCCUGCAGACUUGAGCCAUUCAAUAUGCCCAAGAGAACUAGUGAGGACAUCAGAGUCCAGCCCAGACAGCCGGGAAGGGCUGGAAAGUGAGGACAGUUAUGAACGGGGUAAAGAAAGGCCCUCCAGUGAAGAUAUUGUAGAGUCAUCACCCAAAAAGAAAGAGAAGUGCUCUGCCCAGGCCAAAAAGAAUGCGACAAAGAACUUACAAACCCGGAAAACGAGCAAGAGAAAAUCUCCCCCAGUGCCCAACCCCAAUCUCAGUUGAGGCUAGGGCAUCCAGAGUGAAUAAAUCAAGCCUGUAACUGACCCCUACUGCUAUUCUCUCUCCCUCCAACAGGGCCUCUUCUUGUGGGAGGUGGCUGGCUCUGGGCCUACUAGAGCCAAGGGGUCAGGGGCUACAAGGAUUCUCUAAGGGAGAUCCUGCUUUCAAGGAGGAAGUAUAUGUCUAUGGGAAGUUAAGUAGGAAGGAGAGAGAACACCUCUUAGACCAGGUGGAAGAAUCCAUCUGGGGAGUGGGUGGGAGGUGGGGAAAAAAGUGUUGUCAAAUCCAUUCUGUGGUGGGCAGCACUAUGCAAUGCUACCUUCAAUAAACUGAACCUGCCACUUA